CCGUCAGCUCUGUCAUGUGAUCAACUGUGUCCAAUCACAGCUGAUUGCUGAUCAUCAGUGUAGCCCCAUCAGUGCCAACUGUCAGUGUUCAUUAAUGCCAACUAUCAGUGCCCAUCAAUGCCACAUAUCAGUGCCUAUCUGAGCUGCCAAUCAGCGCCACCUAACAAUGCCCGUCAGUGCCGCCUAACAGUGCAGUCUAUCAGUGCCCAUCACUGCAGCCUCAUUAGCGAACAUCAGUGAAGGAGAAAA